UGUUAUCCCCUCCUAUCUUUCUUCUUUCCUCUAAACCCAAGCCCUGCGCUUGCGCUCCUCUUAUCCCCUCCUAUUUCUCUGAUUGUAGUAAUAGUAGAAGAUGGAGGAUGGCAGACGAACAAAGGAAGAGCCUUGUAGGGUUUCCUUUCGAGACGGCCGUUUGGCGUCAAGAAAAGCUGAAGAAGCUGCUUUGAGGCGAUCAGAAGCUGCCAGUUGGCUCGAGAGCAUCGUCGGACCGCUUGGAUUGCCUCCGCAGCCCACUGAGAAGGAGUUCGUAUCCUGCUUGAGGAGUGGCAUCGUCCUAUGCAAUGCCAUCAACAGGAUCCAGCCUGGUGCUGUUCCGAAGGUUGUUGCUAGUCAAUCGGUUGGCACUGCCUGGGACAUCCAACCUUUACCUGCCUAUCAGUACUUUGAGAACGUUCGCAACUUCCUAGUUGCUGUGGAGGAUCUCAAGCUUCCCAGCUUCGAGGCUUCAGAUCUUGAAAGGGACACUGUGGAAGCCGGUUCAGCAGUCAAAAUUGUGGAUUGCAUCCUUGCCUUGAAAAAUUUUCAUGAACUCCAGCAAUCUAAUGGAGAGAAUGGACCCUGGAAACAUGUCAAAUCUCCAAUAGUUCCAUGGUCUUUUGGUCAAUUGAGGUCGCCCGUUUUCUCUUCGGGAUCAGUCAACGCUAGAUGCUUAGACAUGUCAGCAACUGCUGACAAACCACAACUAGUGAAGAACAUGGAUCAAUGUAAACAGGUGGAUUCCCUUGUAUCAAUGCUUUCAGAUUUGAUGUUUAAUUCAAAGGAGAACAUUGAUCAAAGCCUUAUAGAGUCAUGGCAUAAAGGAAAAACAGAUCAUGUCAAGCUAUUUAGCAAGAUCAUGUCAAGUUGUUUGGAAGGACAGCAGUCGGAGUCAGUUCUUCAAGAUCUUCUUUUGAAAGGAAAUGUUAUUGACAGUUGUUCAACCAAGGAAACAUACAAGUGUUGUAGCUUUUGUUUGAGAGAAGGUGAUUGUGAUCACUGGUAUAAACUGGAAGAACAAGAGAAGGAAUUAAUGGAAUUAAAAGCUCUGUUAUCAGAAACCAGAGUGCAGUUCAUAACCCUACAGACCCAACUGCAAAAUGAUUUUACAGAACUAGGAAUCCAGAUUCAUGAGCUCUCAGUUGGCGCUUCUGGAUAUCAUCAGGCAAUCAAAGAAAAUAGACAUUUAUAUAACAUUCUUCAAGAACUAAGAGGAAAUAUUCGAGUGUUUUGCAGGAUCAGGCCAAUCCUCAAAUGUGAAGCAAAAAGUUGUAUAGAAUACAUUGGAAAUGAUGGUUCUUUGAUGAUCUUUGAUCCAUGCAAGUCACAAAAUACACGCAAAAUAUUCCAGUUCAAUAAAGUAUUUGGUCCAGCUACUACUCAAGGUGAAGUAUACAAGGAAACUCAAUCUUUAAUAAGAUCUGUCAUGGAUGGUUACAAUGUCUGCAUAUUUGCUUAUGGGCAGACAGGGGCUGGUAAAACAUAUACCAUGUGUGGCUCAUCAAACGGAUCCUGUGAGGAAUUGGGGAUCAAUCACAUGGCACUGAAUGAUCUCUUUCAGAUAUCAAGCAUUCGAGAGGAUAUUAAAUAUGAUAUCCAUGUCCAGAUGGUUGAAAUAUAUAACGAGCAAGUCCGGGAUCUUCUUGCAGAAGAUGGAGCAAACACAAAAUUAGAGAUCAUGAAUUGCUCAGGCAAUGGUGGGUUGAGCAUUCCAAAUGCUAGUAUUCGAGGUGUGCAGUCUACUGCUGAUGUUCUUAACUUGAUGAAACUGGGUGAGAAAAACCGAGCCUUUAGCUCAACUGCAAUGAACCACAGAAGCAGCCGUUCUCACAGUGUCUUGACAGUACAUGUGCAUGGUAAAGACAUUUCUGGCAACACAAUACGCAGUUGCCUGCAUCUAGUUGACCUUGCAGGUAGUGAGAGAGUGGACAAAUCAGAAGUCACAGGUGACCAACUGAAGGAGGCACAACAUAUCAACAAGUCCCUUUCUUGUUUGGGAGAUGUUAUUACUGCCUUAGCUCAGAAGAAUUCACAUAUUCCUUACAGAAAUAGCAAGCUUACACAACUGCUACAGAACUCAUUAGGUGGAAAUGCAAAGAUGUUAAUGUUUGCUCAUGUAAGCCCAGAAUCUGAUUCUCAUGGAGAGACAAUUAGUACCCUUAAGUUUGCACAAAGAGCAUCCACUGUUGAACUUGGCGCUCCUCAUCAAAACAAGGAAAGCAGUGAAAUCCGGAAUCUGAAAGAACAGAUAGAUAAUCUCAACAAGGCUUUGAUGAUCAAGGAAGAGAAGUUCAUGCAUCCAUAUAAGCUAAAAGAGAAUACACCUGUCUCAGAGAGGUCAAAACAAAUGACGGACCAUACUCCUCUAUGUCCACGAAGACUGAGCAUUGAGAAUGGCAGUGUUCCAAAGGCUGGAACAACAGCCAACCCAGAGAGCAAAGUCUUGAAGUCCCCCAUUUCAAGACUUAAAUACACUACAGAUGGUACCCUGACUUGUAACAGGAGAUUAAGUUCCGAAGGAUUGAGUUGUGAAAGUAAUCAGAAAGAGCAUGAAAGCUCAGUUUCACAUCUAUGUUCAAACAUCGGUCCCGAAGCCAACGCAAGCUUGAACAGUGAGAACUUUGUAGCUGGUACCAAGUAUUUCCAACAAUCUUCCCCAAGUACUUGUAAUACAUAUACACAGAGUAGGCUGCCAAGGAUCGCGAGCAGUUGUACACUUGACAAAGAUUCACUUAACCAAACCAGAAAAUUGGAUGAGGCCACACCAAAUAAGAUCAAUUCAGUCACCAAGUUAGACACCAGAGAUUCCAAUAAAGGUGCUAUCAGUAAAGGAUCUCACAUAAGAAAAUCCUUGCAGAGCCUUGGCAGACUAAUAAAUGGUUCUGAGAGAAGGAACAAUCAAUGUCAAACAGAAACAGUAUCUUCAAAAUUUGUCAGGAACACUGACAUCAACGAAAAGUCACCAGUUACUGCAGAUGCCAGGUUAAGGAGGAGACAAUCUUUGACUAACCUAGAAACAUUAGGUUUGAGUGCAUCAAGGAGAUCAUCACUUGGUGGAAAAUCAGUUGAUUCAGGUUCAAAGAAUCUCCAAACUGCAAGGAGCCCGCCAAGAGCCCGUCCAUCCGGGAAGGUAACAAAGAGAUGGUUAUGAACACAGGACUCAAAGAAAGAGUUCAGUUUUACAAUGGAAUUGUUUCACAAUGGAAGCAGCCACCAGGAUUGCUUCUUUGGAGAAAGAUGUUGAGCAAAUAACAUGAAAAGGAUUGCCUUGUACUGUUGUAUCAGCACAAACUUAAGCAAGCCCAUAGUCUCACCACGGCAGAGCAGUAGCUGACACAAAUCAUGUGAAUCAUUCAUUCAUCUGGAGUUUUGUCUCCGGCGAACAAUGACUAUAGUAAUGUAACCCAUCUUGCAUUUGCUGUUCGCAGGUGAAGCUUGGUGUUAUUAGAGUUAUAUUAGCUUGAUCUUGUUCUUAGAAAUAAGAUGGAACAGCUCCCAAAUUGGCAGCUUUUCUUGUACUCUAUGCUCCCAAAAUCUGUGCCCGUCAAAGAAGCAAACUCAUUUCUCUUCUUAAAUCA